GUAUUUUGUACUCGAGCAGUGAUUAGCCUUGAGGUUCAACUAUUAAUUUACAGACGGCUAAGUUUAAUGACCUGUACCGAGUUACAACAUAGAGCAGACACAAACAGUGUGCCAGCCUGCGGAGAGUUAUUUUAUUUCGUGUCUUGUGCAAUGCUGAAGAAACUGGCUUCUCUGGCCACUCUUCAUGAACUGAGCUCGACUUGCUAGUAGCUAACACUUGCUAGCUCAGCUUCUCAACAACAAUGUCCGGUCUUCCACAAAAUAACCUGAAGGAACAACUGGCGAGGCACAGCAAUGCUGCUCAAAGCAAGCUGUCUCUGGCUAAACCUAAACCGGGGGCCUUUUCUUUCAAAAAGAAAUCCUCAUCAGGUACGACCAAAGUGGAACUCCCUACCAAGGUAAUCAGCUCAAAUGUUUUGGCAAGCAGGAAUGGCAAUGUCCCUAAGAACAGUUUGGUGACUAAAUCUCCUUUGACAUUUCCAAACAAGCUUGACAGACCUCAAAAGUCCAAUAUCAGCAGCUUCUUCCCUGUAAGUUCAAAAUGUGAAUCAGACUCCAUCAGCCAAGCAGCUAACCCUUCUCCAGCAUGUCAGACUGCUCCAGCAGUGUCUGGUUUUAAGGUGACUCCAGCUCCAACGAAACCAGAUCCAGAGUUUUCUAGUGGCAAAGGAAUCAUUUCCACAAGUCUGGAUGAAUCUCUUGGUGUCCCUAUGGACGACUGGGACGAUUUUGAUGACUUUGAAACGCCUGCCAAAACCAAAAAUGACUCAUUCAGUUCAGAGAAAUCAGGAAAAAGCAGCAAGCUACUGUCAUGUCCUACUGAAGAAAAAGCAAAAUUUGCAGGGAAACUAAACCAUGAUGCCUCGCCUGAGAGACUCAGCAACAAGACUGGUGAGCAAUCUUGUAUGGAAACAGAUGAGCCAGAGUACAGUGUUGACAAAGCUGCAGUUUCACAAUGUCCUAGUGUGGAGGAUUCCCCCGUUAAAAUGACCAGAAGACGUACUGCUGCACACCUGAAGUCUGCCAUUAGUGAUAGUGAAGAAGAUAGCAAUGCUGUGCCGGAACCCUUUGAAGACAGGACAGGCAGUGAGAAAAAAUGGAUAGACCCAAAGGUAAUCGAUCUUGACUACAACUCGGAGCUUGAAGACGACUUUGAUUGCGUUCCCCCUUCACCAGUCAAUGAUGAGAUCUCUUAUACAACCUCUGUAAAGGAGAAAAGACCAAAAUCCGCUGAUGUUCAAAGUAGAGACAUUCCUGUGCAAUCAAAGGGUCCCGUCACAACACUACAUGAAUCCUCGCAUCUCCAGGCAAAAGACAAAACAAAUGAACAGCUCUUUAGUAUCAUGGAGUCCAUUUGUGCUCUUGUUGAUUCCAUCCCUGAACAUGAACUAAUAGCUCUGACCUGUGGAAGUGAACUUUUACUGAAGAGGGCUCAAAGGAAAAGGAUUCUUGCAACUGGCGGUAACUCUGUGUUUAGGAUGCAGCAGCCUGACAGCACUGUGACUUCUGAAUCUAGCUUUAAAGAAACGUCAUCUUCUAGCUGUGGUACCUUUAGCGUUGUGUCACACAACAGCUCUGUGCCUUUGGACACCAUGAAGCCUCCUCAGCUCAGGAGAUCUUCAGUCAUCUCUCUGGAUUAUGAGUCUGAUCACUCUGACAGUAUUAUUGAUUUAAAGCCCUUGAACAGCAAGACUAGCACAACAGUAUGUGUGGAAAAUGAGAGCGCUUGUGACUCUCCAUCAGGCCACAGCCUCACAAAGACAUCUUUCAAUUUCUCUAAGAAACAGAGCAUAGAUCUUGAGGACUCAGAUCUGUUUUUCUCACCCAUGAAGCCAGAGAUUGUAAAAAAAACUAAUACCCCACCAUUCACAGCCGCAGAAGAUAUAGAAGAAGAUGACUUUUACAAUGACGACUUUGACAUAGAUGACUUCAAUGACUCUGACAUUCCGGAGUACUUCGACGAACCCUCGACUUCAUCAGCUUCUACACAGAACUCCAGCACUGUGACGACAACAGUGAAGGAGGGCGGCCCAAGCAAGUUCUCAUGGGAGAAGAAACCAACGACACCUGCUUCUGCACCGAAGCCUUCAAAGAUUUGUUCCCCAGAGCCCACCUUCAAAAACCCAGCUCACGAUCGCUUCAGAGGGUUCAACUUCUCCCAUUCACAAGAGAUGAUGAAAAUCUUUCACAAGCGUUUUGGACUUCAUCAGUUCAGGUUUAAUCAACUGGAAGCGAUUAACGCCACAAUUCUGGCAGAAGACACAUUUGUUUUGAUGCCCACAGGUGGGGGUAAAAGCUUGUGUUACCAGCUGCCUGCCUGCAUCUCACAGGGAGUCACUGUGGUUAUUUCCCCACUCAAGUCGCUCAUUGUAGACCAGAUCCAGAAACUCACCACCCUGGAUAUUCCAGCAACAAGUCUGUCUGGAGACAAAAGUGACAGUGAAGCUGGAAGGAUUUAUAUGCAACUUUCCAGGAAAGACCCCAUUAUUAAACUGCUCUAUGUCACACCUGAAAAGGUCAGUGCAAGUAACAGGUUAAUCUCGGCACUGCAGAACCUGUACGAGCGAGGCCUUCUGGCCCGGUUCGUCAUAGAUGAGGCUCACUGUGUCAGUCAGUGGGGCCAUGAUUUCCGUCCAGACUACAAGAAGCUGCAUGAACUCCGUCAGAGGUUCCCCAACGUGCCGAUGAUGGCUCUGACAGCCACCGCUACUCCCCGUGUGCAGAAAGACAUCCUCAACCAGCUGAAUAUGACUCGACCGCAAGUGUUUACCAUGAGCUUCAACAGAAUCAACCUGAAGUACUCUGUGUUGCCCAAGAAACCCAAAAAGGUAGACGAGGACUGCAUCAGCUGGAUCAAGAAGCACUACCCACGUGACUCUGGAAUAGUGUACUGCCUGUCUCGUAAUGACUGUGAUGCCAUGGCAGAGAGUCUGCAGAGAGCAGGGAUAUUAGCUCUGGCCUAUCACGCAGGACUGAGCGACGGUAACAGAGAAUAUGUGCAGAGCAAGUGGAUCAAUCAGGACGGUUGCCAGGUCAUCUGUGCCACCAUAGCCUUUGGCAUGGGCAUUGACAAGCCGGAUGUGCGCUAUGUGAUCCACGCCAGUCUGCCUAAAUCAGUAGAGGGUUACUACCAGGAGUCGGGUAGAGCUGGCAGGGACGGAGAGAUCUCUCACUGCAUUCUCUUCUACUCAUACGCUGACGUCCACCGCAUCAAGAGGAUUAUCAGCAUGGACAGAGAAGGUGACAAACACACCAAGGCCACUCAUUACAACAACCUGCACAGCAUGGUGCACUUCUGUGAGAACAUGAUGGAGUGCAGAAGAAUUCAGCUGCUCGCCUACUUUGGGGAGCUCAAGUUCACCAGCAGCUUCUGUAAAGACCAUCCGGACGUCAGCUGUGACAACUGCGCCAAACCCAAUCAAUACAAGGUGAGAAAUGUGACUGAAGAUGUGAAGAAGAUUGUGCAGUUCGUCCAGGAGAACUGCGAGAAGGUUGGAUCAAGGUUUGGCAGGACGGCUCAGCAGAACCGACUGACACUGAACAUGCUGGUGGAUAUCUUCAUAGGGUCUAAAUCUGCCAAGGUACAGACAGGGAUGUUUGGGAUGGGAGGAGCCUACUCCAGGCAUAAUGCUGACCGUCUGUUCAAAAAACUGGUGUUGGAUAACAUCCUGGUUGAGGACCUUUACAUCACUAACAACGGUCAAGCUGUGGCUUAUAUCUCUGCUGGAACAAAAGCCAUGAGCGUGUUGUCUGGAUACAUGCAGGUGGAGUUCUAUGAGACGGAGAGCGCAUCCACCAUCAGGAAACACAAGGCUGUGGCCAAGAACGUCUCCCAGAGAGAAAAGAUGGUUCAGGAGUGUCUGAAGGAGCUGACUGAUCUGUGCAAGCAGCUGGGGAAAGCGUUUGGCAUUCAUUAUUACAACAUCUUCUCCACUGCCACCUUGAAAAAGAUAGCUGAGAAGCUUUCCUCUGACCCCGAAGUCCUACUACAAAUCGACGGUGUGACCGAGGACAAACUGGAGAAGUACGGAGCUGAAGUCAUUCAGGUCCUGCAGAAAUACUCUGAGUGGCAGCUGCCCGCAGAGGAGCAGAAUGAGAGCGGUGGAGACGGGUGGAUAGACACGACACGAGGCCGAACAAGUGUAAAUUACGAGGACGAUGAGGACACGGAGUCCUCCACCUACUUCCGUAGCAAGGCUUCACAGGGCCAGAAGAGAAAGAAAGCUCCAUUCUUCAAGUAUUCCAAGAAGAAGAAAGCAUACGGCAACUCAAGCUCCGGUUCUAAAGGUCGUGGCUACAGCAGCAACAAGUCGUGGUCGUCAUCCAGCUCCACAGGCGCAUCAAAAGGUGCAGGUCGAGGGUUCAGGGCCACAGCCGGAGACACGUCAGCGGGUAGGAGACCAGGAAUUCUGGCCGUCCCGACGCCUCAAAGCAACCAGCGACCCUUCUUAAAGCCCUCCUUCUCAACGUCUUAGCCUAUGGAUCUGACUUCGUAGGGUAGAAAACUACUUUUCCACUACAUUUUCAAACCAGUUGAGGUUAUCAAUUGUUGUAAAUUAUUUCUCUGUUGUAACACAAUUUUAUAUUAAGACAGUUUAUUUAAGCUCUGUACAGUUGAUGCAUGUUGUCUGUCCCGAUUUUAUACUGACUGUUGUAAAUUGUUGUAAAAUUUCCAUUUUUUUAUAUUAAAGAAACUGAAACCCCAUUAAUAAUAA